AUGGCUUUAGUCACGGAAAAAGGUGUUAAUGUUUCAGAUGAAGGAAUUACUGUUGUUCUUGGAAGCCAAUGGGGUGAUGAAGGUAAAGGCAAGCUUGUCGAUAUUCUCUGCGACAGCGUAGACGUCUGUGCUCGUUGCCAGGGCGGUAACAAUGCCGGUCAUACCAUCAAAGUCAACGACAAAACUUAUGACUUCCAUAUUCUUCCUUCUGGACUUGUCAACCCCAAAUGUGUAAACUUAAUUGGCACUGGUGUCGUCGUAUAUCUACCUGCCUUCUUUAGCGAACUGGAAAACUUAUCGAGUAAGGGUCUCGAUUGCUCGAAUCGUAUCUUUAUUUCUGAUCGCGCUCAACUUGUUUUUGACUUCCAUCAACGUGCAGAUGUCUUGAACGAAGCCGAAUUAGGGAAGCAAAGUAUCGGUACCACUGGAAAAGGUAUCGGUCCUUCUUAUUCCACAAAGGCUUCUCGUAGUGGUAUCCGUGUUCACCACUUGUAUCGUUGGGACGAGUUUGAAGCUCGUUACCGCAAAAACGUCUCUGAUUUGCAGAAACGAUAUGGUGCGUUCGAGUAUGAUGUUGAAGCAGAGUUAGUCAGAUAUAAGGAUUUGGCUGAAAAGCUUAAGCCUUACGUAGUUGACUCUGUCGUCUUUAUGCACGAUGCUUUGAAGCAAAAGAAACGAAUCUUGGUUGAAGGUGCCAACGCCUUGAUGCUUGACUUGGAUUUCGGUACUUAUCCAUUCGUAACUAGCUCCAACACUACCAUUGGUGGUGUCUGCACUGGUCUUGGUGUCCCUCCACAACGCAUCGCUAGCUCCAUCGGUGUAACGAAAGCCUAUACCACCCGUGUUGGUGCUGGUUCUUUCCCCACUGAGCAGCUAAACGAAAUCGGAGAGCAUUUGCAAACUGUUGGCCGUGAAUAUGGUGUUACCACCGGUCGUAAGCGUCGCUGCGGUUGGUUAGAUUUGGUAGUUGUCAAGUAUUCGUCCAUGAUCAACGGCUACACCUCUUUGAAUUUGACAAAACUCGAUAUCUUGGAUGCUUUCCCCGAAGUCAAGGUUGCUGUUGCCUACAUUAUUGACGGAAAACGUUAUGAAACAUUCCCUGCCGACUUGAGUUCUCUUGAGAAUGCUGAAAUUGUUUAUGAGACUUUACCUGGUUGGCAAACAUCUACAGUUGGUAUUACCCGUUGGGAGCAAAUGCCUGAAAAUGCAAAGAAAUACAUUCAAUUCAUUGAAGAUUUUGUUGGCGUUCCUAUCGGCUUUAUUGGCGUUGGCCCUGGUAGAAACGAAAUGCUCAUCAAAGAGUAA